UAGAACCGCAGCGCCGCCACGCAGCAGCCAUUUCCGGUUACACAGGAAGUAAACAAACUCAGACAAGCUUGGAGGAGGGAAGAAGAAAAAGAAAUAGCUAAGAGUUUACAGCUGAGCACGCGCCACACCAUGACGUCGACAAAAAGACGGGAGAACUUUGAGGUGGUUUGUGCCUGGGACUCCUGCAGCUUUGAGGGACACAGCAUGGAGGAGCUAAGUGAACAUAUGUCUCAUCAUCUGAACGACUACCUUGGAGACAAAGAUGCCCUGGAGGAGCUGGAUGAGUUUGCUUGUCUGUGGGACGGAUGUGAGUUCCUCUCCAUGGGCAGCCCUGCAGAGCUGGAGGUGCAUGCAUAUUUCCACAACUACCACAGUAAGCUCAAGUUUGUUGGGUCGCAGCUGCUCAAGUCUCGCCCUGACCUACCGAGCUGCAACCUGGGCGUGCACAGCAACAACCUGUUGCCCGAGGGAUCAGAUGAAUUUGUCUGCCAGUGGGAACAUUGUGACAGUACAUUUAACAAUCCUGAGUGGUUCUACCGCCACGUGGACAAUCACGUAGAGAAUGCUGAACAGCAGUCUCUUUCCCAGCAGCAGGCGCUCCUCUGCAGCUGGGCGGGCUGCGACGCCUUCUUCAAGAUCAGGUACCGGUUGAGAGAGCACAUGCGAAGCCACACUCAGGAGCGUAUUGUAGCCUGUCCCACCUGUGGCUGCAUGUUCUCCAGCAACACGAAGCUGUUUGACCACCACCUCAGGCAGGCUGAACCCAUCGAGUCGCUAGUGUGUGAACAUUGUGGAAAAGCAUUUCCCACCGAGAGGCUUUUGAGGGAUCACGUUCGUCAGCACGUGAAUCAGGUGAAGUGUCCCUUCUGUGACAUGACCUGCACCACUCUGGCAGCUCUGAAGAUCCACAUCAGGUUUCGCCACUGUGAUGAGCGACCCUUUCCAUGUGACUUCUGUGAUAAAAGCUUUAUGAAUUAUUGCAGAUUUAAGAACCAGCGGGAUCUCCAGAAGCACACGGACGUCCACAACGAGGGCACCGUGUAUUACUGCACGGUGGAGGGAUGCGAUUAUUCCUGUCACACCUUCCAAACCAUGAGCCACCACUUCAAGAGGGCUCACGAGGUCGGGGGAAUGUCCAAAUAUAAAUGUCACAUCUGCGAUAAGGUCUUCUCCUGGUGCUACACCCUCACGCUUCACCUCCGUAAGAAGCACGAGCUGAAAUGGCCGUCUGGACACUCUCGCUUCAGAUACAAGAAGGACGUCGACGGUUUCCUGAAAGUCAACAUGGUGCGUUUUGAGACCGUCGAGGUGACAAAGGAGAUCAUGAAGAACAUGGCCAAGAAGCCGCAGAAACUCAGACACAAUCAGAGACCCAGCAGCCGGAGCAAGAGGGCGGCCGCCACGCCGUCCACCACCGGAUCCUCCUCGCCGUCCUCCAGCUCCUCCUCCUCAGACUCCUCUGACCUCUCUGGAGGGGAGGACAUGUCGUCCCAGCACAGCCCCAGAGGCAGGGACUCUCCGGUCUACUGCAGGAUGAGGACCGUCCCUCACACGGUGGACGAGGCUGGAGGACAGAGUCGGGAGGACUGUGAUGGUGAGGGGACCUCCGGGGCCGUUCAGGCUCUGACGGAGGUCGCCAGGGGCCUCGGCAUGGACGUAGUUUGAUGUUUUAGAGCGGAGCUGUCAGCAGAAACAUGUUACAUGAUUACAUUUCUGAAUUUCAAACGACUUUACCGCCACGGGACAGUUGCACCACGUUUGGUUCCUAUUCUUAAACGCUGGCUUAGCAGGACUUUUAUUUUGUGCUCUUUAGUUUUAUGGUUAUACAUUUUAAAUCAUUAAAAAAUAUAUUUGCGU